AUGGGAGCGACGAGCAGCGGCCCCGGCCCGGCCCCGGCUCCGGUGCGGCCCCCCCAGGGCCGCACCGUGGGGUCGUGGGUGCGGGCGCUGUUGAGCCGAGCGGGGUCGGUGCCGGUAUCGGUACCGGUGCCGGUACCGGGGCUCGCCUUGGCCCCGCGGGGCCCCGCCGAGGAGCCGCCGCUGCCCGGGUGGCCGCUGCCGCAGCUCGUCUCGUUGUUCCUGCCGGAGUUCCCCGUCCGCCCCUCCGCCCGCCAGCAGCAGCUCAAGAUCCUGGGCUUCGUGGCCAAAGGCUCCUUCGGGACCAUCCUCAAAGUGCUGGACUGUGGGCGGGAGAAGGUCUGCGCCGUGAAGGUUGUGCCCAAAGUGGAGGUGCUGCGCCGCGACACCCUCAAACAAUGCAAAGAAGAAGUCAGCAUCCAGAGACAGGUCAGGCACCCGUUCGUCCACGGGCUGGGGGACAGCUGGCAGGGCCAGCGCCACCUCUUCAUCAUGUGCACCUACUGCAGCACCGGGGACCUGCACGCGCUGUGGCGCGCGGCCGGCUGCUUGGCUGAGGCCACCGUCCGCCUGUUCGCCGCCGAGCUGGUGCUGGUGCUGGUGUACCUCCACGACCUGGGCAUCAUGCACAGAGACGUCAAGAUGGAGAACAUCCUCCUGGAUGAGAGAGGGCACCUCAAGCUCACCGACUUCGGCCUCUCCCGGUACCUGCAGUGGGGUGAGCGAGCCCACACCAUCUGUGGCACCCUGCAGUACAUGGCCCCAGAGGUGCUGAGCGGGGGGCCCUACAGCCACGCAGCCGACUGGUGGUCCUUGGGAGUCCUGCUCUUUGCCCUGGCCAGCGGGGAGUUCCCCGUGGCUCCAGCGGAGGACCAUGUGGCCAUGCUGGAACGCGUCAAACAGAGCAGCUACGAGAGCCCACCUGAGUUCAGCCCUGAGCUGGCCCGGCUGCUCGCUGAGCUGCUGUGCCACAACCCCCUGUACCGCCUGCGCUACCUCCACCACUUCCAGGGCCACCCCUUCUUCCGCGGGGUGGCCUUUGACGCUGACCUGCUGCAGAAGGACCCGGUGGUGGUGGCAGUGGCCCCGCGACCCCCCGAGCAGCCCCCACCCGACCCCGCCACUUUCGCCGACUUCGACUACGACCUCGCCGCCUCCCCGGACCGGCCCUGGCCUGGCUGAGCCACCGCGGCUGGGACCCUCGGCAUCGCUCAGGGACAUCCCCCUACCCCGGCAGCGGGUCGGACCCUGCUGGGCCGGGUCCCCCACGGGGUUAUCCGGGUACCCCCAAGUCUCAUCCCCGGGUACCUCAACUCUGUACCUCUCCCCGCGGGAGCAAUAAACCCGAGAGCCGCGGGCA